AUCAAUCUGACAUUCGAUAGAAUUACGCCUCAGAAUAGAUUCAAGAGAUGGGAAUCACUCGGUAGGGCUUGGAAAUACGUAUCAGGGAGUCCUGAUGCGGAAGAUUUGAAAGUUAUCAAUAGCUCUAUAAAUUCCUUAAUAGUCGCAAACAAUAAUCAGGUACACAUUAAUCAUUUAUUUGAAAACCGAAUGAAGAAUCUUACAAACACUUUCAAUUUUCUGAUAGAUAAUGCGCAGAAGUUAGAAAACGUUACAUUCAAAAGUUUCGAUUCACUCAAUUUUGUAUUCAAAUUAGAUGAACUAUUAUAUUAUUUAGAAGUCGUCGAGGAAUCUCUUACACUGGCCAGACGUAGCAUACCAAGUAGCCGCAUCAUCCAAGGAGGAGAAUUAGAAGCCAUUCAACGAAUCCUUCGCAACAACGACUUUGGACUUAACUCGGUGGACAGCAUUCUGAAUAUUGCAAGCUCUUACGCAAUGUUCAACAAAGAUAACAUUAUCUACGUACUCAAAAUGUCCCAAAUCGAAGGAGCAUUAUAUACGCUCAACUUUGUCGAAGCAGUAAUUGAAGAUGGUUACCGCAUUCAUGUACCAGCACCAUUUUAUCUGAAAGGACAAAUUCCACUCAUCUCGCAUGUCCCAUGUAUCAAGCUCAGAGCUCUCUUUGUAUGUUCCAGUAGCAGUUUGGAACCACUCACAGAGUGUAUGCAAAAGUUAAUCUCCGGAAAAACAGCUGAUUGCCCUAUAGAACGUAUUUAUGGAGGUAAAAUUAUACGGAAGAUUAACGAUGGCAAUAUUGUAAUCCACGGACACAAUAUAACUUUGACAUCCAACUGUUCAGCUACCAGGUCCCUCAGUGGUCCAAAUCUCAUUCAGCAUUCACACUGUACUUUAAAACUGGAUGACGUCGAAUAUUCCAGUACUAACGUGGAGAUACCACCCUUCACACCAAUAACUGGAAUUAAGUCUCCGCAUCGAACACACCAGAGGAGAUAA